UGUGUGUGUGUGUGUGUGUUGUUGUUUUUUUUUUAACAAUAUUCAUUCCUCAGUAAGUUGGUGCUAAUAUCUAGAAAUAGACAAAUAUUUGGAAUGCCUUUAUGAUCAUUAGAUACAAAAGAUGUAACUUUGGGGCUAUGUUAGCAUUACCAGGCUCCCAGCUGCCAGGGGACGUUCGCCUUUGAUUUGAAGUGAUUUCGUUAGCUUAGGAGCUAAUGCCACCAUGUUGUAGUCCGCUUUUCGUAGUCUUCUCUGUUGUUAGCUUUGUUUUAUCUGCCUGGACUGCUGCUGACUGUUAAGUCGUUUUCUUGGAUUCAAAUGGAUGACUCAUUUGAUCAUCAAGAUGUUGAUCGGGCAAAAACCUUCUGGGCCAAGGAAAAUGUGGAUCAGGUGUUUAGUGUCCUAUACAAGCACCUGGAUCACCUGAGAGAAGUCCUGAAGACGAACACUGCAACAGACAAAGAACGAGUUCAGGCCUUGAAGCUAUUUGACUGCAUGGACUGGACAGUUCUAUCUCCUUCAAGUGAUACUCCGGUGGUGCGGGUGGUGGUUGGUGCAGAUGAUGUGCUGCAAGAUGAACUUUGCCAACACAGCCCUACAUACACACCUCCUCAGUCAGCUGCAUCCCCUGCAGGCAGUGAGGAGCUGCUGUGCCCUCUGGUGCCCAUUCAGCUGCAGUACCGGCUGCACGUGUGUUGCAAGACCUGUUUGCCUACUUUACCUGACAUGCACCAGUCCACACCACCAUUCUGGGCCCAGAAUCCGCUUAAGGUUCCACUGCUCUGCCAUUUCAAGAGGAUGAUGGCCAUGCCGCUAAUGUUGUCAAAAGGGGGCAGUGCCAACAACCAUCAGCAGACAGGUGCCUUCGAGGAGGAGGAAGAUGAAGACCACUGCGAUGUCAUUUAUAAAGCCCCAUGUGGGCAAAGCCUCCGUAACUACGAUGAUGUGAUGCGCUUCCUGUUUGCCACAGAUAGCUACGAUGUACUGCAGCUAGACUACUUCUCCUUCAACAUGGCAGUGCAGUUGGAUCCUCCUGCAGCACAAGGCCCCUGGCUUCCAGAGAUAGACCUGAGCCGCGGCACUGAACCAACGCCAGUGGAGCUGUGCGUCGGGCCCGACGAUACCCGACCAGCUGAAUUUCGCUACAGGAAGGACCGCUGGCCGCACGGCUGUUUCUUGAGCCGUGAUCCCUUGUUUGAUGCCUGUUGUGACUGCACAGAUGGCUGUUUGGAUGCACAGCACUGCGCCUGCAUUGCCAUGACGGGAGCUGGGCACCAUUACACCCAUCAGAGACUGACCAAGCCUUUGCCAUCUGGGUUGUUUGAGUGUGGGCCGUGGUGCAGCUGUGAUCGUGCUCGUUGUCAGAAUCGAAUUGUGCAGAGGGGAAUCAAAGUCCGCCUUCAAGUCUUCUGGACAGACCGUUGUGGCUGGGGUGUGCGUUGCCUUGACGACUUGGAUGCGGGGAUGUUUGUUUGCAUAUUUGCAGGCGUGAUCCUGCAGAGAGUCCAGAAACCCAAUGAGCCUCCUCCCCCGAAACUGACCAGAGUCGACCUGCCAUCAGAUGACGAGGUGGAGGUGGUCACAGAGUGGCUAGCGCUCCCUGUACUGGAGGGGAGCAACUUGGAAGCACCCGAACCCACCUCGCCCCCACUGCAUGUGCCAGUAAUUCAGAGACCCACAGAGGUCAAUGCACAUCAGGACGAAGACAAGGCAAAGAAGGUUGACAUGAUGACGGCAAAUGCUGAUGGGAGUGGCAACAAGACAGACAGUCAAAAGAGUUUAAAGAGAGUCGUGAACCCUGGUGAUGUUUAUUUGCUGGAUGCCAGAAAGGAAGGAAAUGUGAGCCGCUUCUUCAACCACAGUUGCCAGCCAAAUCUAUUCAUCCAGAACGUCUUCACUGACUCACAUGACCCUGACUUCCCCAUCACAGCCUUCUUUACCAACAGUGUGGUAAAGGCAGGCACCGAGCUCACCUGGAAUUAUUCUCUUAACACGCACGUCUCACCAAAGCAACAACAGGAAGUGGUCUGUGUGUGUGGCAGCGAUGACUGCCUCGGGAAAUUCAUGACGGAGAACCUGUGUAAAACGUGUGGUUUUGGAAGUGGGGAUGCUUGUGAGUCCACUUGACCCCGAUCCUGGAGUUUACUAUGUCAUUUUCACAAUUAAAAUUACU